UCUGAGUAGCUAAAUUACUGGGAGGCGAUGCUCGUCAUACACAGAUAUUCAUUAAAAACUAAUUACAGCGCAAUGCCGCCAUACGGAGGUGUCAUCUCGGUCAUUUCACUAAGUUUCCAGCGCCGUAGCGAGCGUCGACUCCAAUCACUGUAGUUUUAAGAGACGAAACGCUUCCCUCGCGUCUAACGACCUGCUGCUGGUGACGUCAGAAAGAGAUGCAGAAGUGAGUUUCACAACCCGAAGAAGAAGAACAAAAAAAAAGGAAUCUGAUGCGCCGUGUUGGCACGCGCACAGUGGGCUCGCGCACACGCGGCAUUUGCAGUCUCAAAUAAGCGGCUCGCUCUGAAAAGGCUCCCUCGUUUUUGACUGGCUGCGCAGGUAGGACCCGCUCGUUUUAGACAGACCACGAAAAAAAAGCUGAAAGUAUUCUUAGCUACAGUAUAUUAAACAUACACUUAUGCUUACGAUCGCAUAGACGCGAUGAGCUAUGGAUUGCGUUUGCUUUAAGCGCGCGCAGUUUUGUCGUGUAAAGAUGUUGGCUUGUCGAAACGUGCACAUGUUAAACGUGUAAGGAUCUGUUAUUUGUGGAUAUUUAAAAAGAGGAUACUGCGUCUCUGCUCGAGGUAUCGCAUGCAGAUACAAGGAGCCUUUGAGCAGCACUGGAGAACUUGUUAGGCAUACCAAGAAGCUCCACAAGAGGUGAAUCUUUUUUUUUUUUUUCUCGGGUUAAUGAGCCAACCAAGGAAAUGUUUUGUGGAUGAAUCGUCUUUAAUAUGCGGGAAUUAAACAACAACCUUUAGCUGUGAUAAAAAAAAGACACAUCUUAAUGCACAAGGAAAAGAAAUGUAGACUCGACUAGCUCUCCAUUCGUUUUCUGAUUCAGCACCCCAUUUGGAGAGAGUGAGGGUGCCGGAGUGAAAGCAGAAACAACAAAAAAAACAGGAUCUUUUCAGCCUAAACCAUGAUUGCACGGAUACUCUACUUUUUUCUUUGGUCUGCUGCAUUUCUACCCGAGCUGCAGUGCGCUUCUCAGAGAACCGCCGACGCGCUUGCUACUUUUCCCACGUCCGCGUUCAUCAACGGCGCCGACAGAAAGGACUCCAACCAGACCUCCACCUCUCGGAUCAAAAGGAAGACGCUCUCGGUGGAUUUCGCCGUCCCGUCGCUCUUGCGUUACUACUUGGCUCUGUUUAUAAAGCGCCCGCUUAACGGAGACUGUCUGUCGUUUAAUGGAUGUUACACAGUGCGCGCCAACUUGCUUAUGCGCUGCGUCCCGUUGCAAAAAACCAUCGCCGAUUUGCUUGAUGUAAAGUUGGCAGCGAUGAACGUCAACAGAUCCAGCACUGGACAGCUCCCGUAUCGACAGAAGCAGCCCGUGCCUAAAGUUUUGAAUUUGGGUUUGACCACCGCCAGUAGAAAGUCCAAUCAAGUUGUGGUGGAGGUGGGCGAGGAGAUGGUUAAAACGGGAUGCGGGGGGCUGUACGUGUACGAGGACGCGCCGGUUGUGUUCCUGGAAAUGGACCUAACGCGGAUUUUGGAGUGGUGGCUUGGGGCGGAGGGAGGCCGGCUCAGGGUCCGAAUCAUGCCCGAGCGGAAAGUGCAGGUCCCGGGGAAAGAGGACAAGUACUCUGCUGCCAUCAGAGCUUCGGACGCUCGCCUCUUCUUACACAUAGCCUCGACUGAACGGCUCUCAUCCACGAGCUCUGGAAACCCCACCGCUGCCCCCAAAUACUGGAACUUUUCUUGGAUAGCAGAGGACGAGCUAACUUUCCCUGAGGAUCCUGUCUCAACUUCAGAUUGUUCUUCAAAGGGAAAGUCAUGUGACCGUGGGACUGCUGGAUAUUAUCCUGAGUUCGCCUGGAGUUUAACAUCAGCAGAGGACUCCUGGGCGAAAGACCAGACGAUGGCAAAGACAAAAGCAAGUUUCCAGGGGUGGGAGGAAGGGAGGUUUCUCACAGUGAAUGGCUCAGUUCUGACGGGGCCAUGGGUUCUGAGCCCUUGGCUACAUGUUGCCCAUCGGCCCUGUGGUCUGGAUAUCACAGUGUUUUUGCACCCGAGGCAGAGUGGACGAUACACUGUCUGGCUCAUCGAGAGGGACAAGCCACCACUUGCUCUCCUCACCACCGAGCACCCUCAUGUCAUUGGCUGGGCGGUGGUACACCUCAGCUUGGGUGCCCGGAGCAAACCCUUCAGGAUUUCUUCCAGCUACAACCAGCCCGGCGACAUGGAGACAGCGACCUAUGACCCCCGCUUCACCACCAACUGCACCAUACGAACCUCUCAAAACAUCACUCUCCGGGGCCGCUAUCACUGCAGAGGGGGCCUGGAGAUCAAUGUGAGCCAGCUGUGUGACUUCAACCCUGACUGUCCACAAGGGGACGAUGAGGGGGAACAUUGCCGUCAAUUCCUCAAUGGCAGCUAUUGCUCGUUUGGAAGAGAGGAUUGUGGCUGGCAGCUGGUUCCAGGAAGGGGUCCACAAUGGAGGGCCCAUCCAUCCAUUCCCCAAAGUCUCAGAAGCAGCUGUCCAUCCCCAGGGGUCUUGUUGGCCAUUGACAGUCAGCCCAAAGGUCAUCGAGGAUCAGCCCAGGUGCGAAGCCCGCUUUUCUUCUACCCAUUACGGAACGCCCCUUGCAAGGUCAAGUUCUGGGUGUGUGGAUCUUCAAAUGGAAUGCUGUCGCUCUGGAUUAUAGAGAACAGCACAGGUCCUGAGGGUCAGAGGAGUCUCUGGAACUCAACAAGUGAAGCUAAUAUGGGGAAAGGGUGGAAACUCAUUACCUUACCACUCUUCGGUUUGGUGGAUCUGUUCUACCUGCAGUUCAGUGCUGAUAUUUCCUCUAGUGCAGGAAUUGCAUUUGCUGUGGAUAACUUCACUCUGAGCAUGGAAUGUUUCCUAGAAACCAACGGAGAAUUUCCUCCAGUGGCUCCCAUAAGCUCAACGCAAGUGCCGUUCACACCAAGCUAUGCAAGCAUCAAGACCACUACAGCACUCUAUAAAGAGCCUGGAGCUUCUACAGAAUCUGUCAAGUGGAUAUUCCACACCUGCGGAGCAACAGGACAAGACGGUCCAACUCCGACUCAGUGCAGUAACUCAUACCACAACACCAAUGUCAAUGUCACUGUAGGCACUAAGGGACCAUUCAAGGGCAUCCAGAUGUGGCGGAUCCCAGAGACAAGGAAAUACAGGAUCACGGCGUAUGGAGCAGCUGGUGGACGCAGUGUCCAGGCAGUCCACAAGUCACAUGGGGUGUACAUUACCGGAGACUUCCUGUUACAGAAGGAUGAGCUGCUGUAUAUUCUAGUGGGACAGGAAGGAGAGAAUGCUUGUCCAAAUAUGGUGCCUACUAUGGACCAGAUCUGCAAGGAACAGCAAGGACCAUCAAUCAACAAGACCCAGCUUAAGGGAGGAGGUGGUGGAGGAGGAGGAGGCACCUACGUCUUCAAGGUGGUAAAUGGAGUCCACAUUCCACUACUCAUUGCUGCUGGAGGUGGAGGCCGUGGCUACAGCAGCCAAUCAGAAACCCCAGAGGAAGUGAUGGACAGGGAUCCCAGCAUUCCCGGCCGUAAUGGAAAAUCAGGAGCUGCAGGUGGGGGUGGAGGCUGGAAUGACACUGCCCCGGUUCCUCAAGGCGGUAGACCAAUCAUUCUGGGAGGUCAGGGUGGAGAACCCUGUCAAGUCAAGGGCUGGAAAACUCGAGGAGGUUUUGGAGGUGGUGGAGGGGCCUGCACGGCUGGUGGAGGAGGUGGAGGAUACAGAGGGGGCAGUGCCUGGCAUGACAAUGAUCCCAGAAAGGAUGGAGACGAUGGAACAUCAUUUAUAAGUCCUGAUGGCGAAAUGUACUUGGAGCCACUCAAAGGCAUGGAAGGCAAUGGUGAAGUUAUUAUCAACCUAGUGCAGAACUGCAGUCACUGUGAGUCAGGAGAUUGCCACGAGACCUCCGAGGGCACGGUGUGCUACUGUGAUGAAGAGCUCUCGCUGGCCCCAGACGGAGUGUCCUGCAUCAACUCUACCGCAGUGUCUAGGUUGCCCGCCCAGCCGUCUUUGUCUCAUCUGGCACUGGGUCUGUCUGUCGGGACCUCCGCGCUCAUCGCUGCUUUGCUGUUGGCCGUUUCUGGCGUUAUGAUCAUGUACAGACGUAAACACACAGAGCUCCAGUCUAUCCAACUUGAGCUACAGAGUCCGGACUGUAAGUUGAGCAAACUGAGAGCCUCCACCAUCAUGACCGACUACAAUCCCAACUACUGCUUUGGUGGGAAGACCGCCUCCAUCAACGAUCUGAAGGAGGUGCCACGGCGUAACAUUUCCCUCGCCAGAGGUUUGGGUCAUGGCGCAUUUGGAGAAGUCUAUGAAGGACUAGCCGUUGGGAUUCCAGGGGAGCCCAGUCCGAUGCAGGUGGCCGUAAAGACCCUUCCUGAGGUGUGCUCUGAGCAGGAUGAACUAGACUUUCUCAUGGAAGCUCUCAUAAUCAGCAAGUUUAGUCACCAAAACAUUGUGCGGUGUAUCGGGGUGAGUCUGCAAGCUCUGCCUCGCUUCAUUCUACUGGAAUUGAUGGCCGGAGGGGAUCUCAAGAGCUUCCUGAGGGAAACUAGACCAAGACUAGAGCAUCCUUCAAGUCUAACCAUGGUAGAUCUUCUCAACAUUGCCAGAGACAUCGCCCGUGGCUGCCAGUACUUAGAAGAGAACCAGUUCAUCCACAGGGAUAUUGCUGCCAGGAAUUGUCUUCUGACCUGCAAAGGUCCAGGGAGGGUGGCCAAGAUUGGUGAUUUUGGCAUGGCCAGAGACAUCUACAGAGCCAGCUAUUACAGGAAAGGAGGCCGAGCUAUGCUGCCAGUCAAAUGGAUGCCUCCCGAGGCCUUUAUGGAGGGAAUCUUUACCUCAAAAACUGAUACAUGGUCAUUUGGUGUUCUGCUGUGGGAGAUCUUCUCACUGGGUUAUAUGCCAUACCCCAGCCGAAGUAACCAAGAGGUGUUGGAGUUUGUUACUAAUGGAGGCCGAAUGGACCCACCUAAGAACUGCCCUGGGCCAGUGUACCGGAUAAUGACACAGAGUUGGCAGCAUCAACCAGAAGACAGACCAAACUUCUCAACUAUUCUGGAAAGGAUUGACUAUUGUCUGCAGGACCCAGAUGUGGUGAAUGUGCCUUUGCCUGUCGAGUACGGCCCCAUCCCUGAGGAAGAGGAAAGGGUACCCAUGCGUCCUGAUGACCCAUCGGCCCCCUCCUUGCUUGUAACCCCUCAGGGCACUGAGGAGGCUACAUCUGCUGCCCACUCUGAUCAACCUAAGAGAGAUGGGGAGGCUGUUCUCAUGGCCAGCCACUCCUGUGAGAGCAAACUCUCAUCCGCUCCCCAAUCACAGCCUCAACCCCAUCCCCACCACCAACCCCAAGUAGUCACUGCCCCCAUACCAGCUGCCAAACCUUCCUCUGCAACUCCCUUGACCACCCAAGAUGGAGGGCAUGUGAAUUUAGGCUUCAUGCAGGCCCACCCAUCGGAGAAGGAUAGCCGUAAUGGGAAGCCCACCAACCUGUGGAACCCCACUUAUGGCUCGUGGUUUCUGCAGCAGCAACAGAAGAGACAGCAGGCCCAGGCACAAAGGCAGAUAAGCGGCCCACGGAUCCCAGGUGAAGGGCAGGAACAAGCAGGCCGGACUGUGACAGUAGCUGAAGCUCUGGGCCUGCAGCAACAGCACAAACAGCUGCAGUACCAACAGCAGCUCCAGCGCCAACAGCAGCAGCAACAACAACAAGGCCUGUGUCGACCACUUUUGCCCCCUCCUCCCCCACCUGCCCCGACCCCUUUACUUCUAGAUUCGGCCAGCCUAGCACCGGUUCCACUCUACAGACUACGGCGCUUCCCAUGUGGGAACAUCGGGUAUGGCUACCAGGAGCAGGGCCUGCCCAUGGAGCCCAUGCCAGGGCCCCAGCCUCCCCCGCCUCAUCCUGGCCAGCAGAGGCCCAUCACUAUAGCUCGGGCCAGUGGCCCUGAGGACAGCCGCCCGCUUUUGGUCACCAUGGGUACAGUGCAGGACUCCAGACUGCCGAAAAUGGAAGGGCACAAUGCCACUGUGCUGUAACCGUGCACGUUCUCUAUCAGUGCCCACUUUGCAAAACACUGUACUUUCCAUUUAUGUCCACCUUUGGCAAGCCCCUUUGUGCUUUAUCUUUGUGCUUUUCAGCCAUGAGACUGGGACCAGAAAGGUUCUGCGCUGGACACUCAGAGAAAUUACAUUUCACUGAAAGAGAACGAUUGUCCCUUGGAUAAGAUAACAAGACUGUUGAGUUUCUGAAAGCCACAAUUGAGAGACAAAAAUAAACUGAUUAAGCCCUCACAAGGACUAAUUCUGUAAAAAAAAAAAAGACUAAAUUAUAUCAGUGAUAUUUUUCCAUAAUGGGGGAGAAAAAAAAAAUCAAACGGGUUUGUUGAUGUUUGCUUGCCUGCUUGUUUAUUUAUUCAUUUGUUAAUUUAUUAUUUGGAGGUCAUGUAAAUUAUUAAUGGGUGGGCUUCAGAAAGCAAACUGCCCCUAUUCAUUAUGGAUCGUUUGUUCAUUCUUGGACUUGGUUGGCUUUUAAAUGCAGCUGUUUUCAUGCAUCAUCAAACAACAUGAAUAACAGAAAACUAAUGGCUCAUGUAUGUGAAAAUUAUGAGUGUUUAUGGCUUUUGGUGAUCAGAUAACCUGUUGCUAUGGUGUUGGAACUGAAACAUGUAGCAAACUGGUCAGUGACUAUUGAAUGAAGGCUCUUUCACAGGACUCGUCUUAGGGAUUUAAACCAUGAAAAUACCAUUUAAACAACAUUUAUUAAUUUAAUCCCCAUCAGUUGCUUUGAUAUAUUACAAAAACUAGUCAAUGGUCAAGCUUUUUUAAAGGGAUACUGUGAACCUGUUUUGGAUCCGCAAAGCCAGCAUAACCAAGAGGUUCACCAGCACAUCUUAGCUGGUGAAGAUUAUUAACCAGCAAGGUAUUUCUGGUAAAGUUGCUUACCUAAUGAAGUUUUGUUGGUUAAGUUAUGAAGAUUGGUUGGAGCAUCAGCCUACCAAAACAUCAAAUGAUGUUCUUUUAGUAUGGAACAGCCUUUGGCAUUUUGCUGUACUCGAUGUAUCUAGUAUGCCUAAACCACCCACAUAAUGAUAUAUCUUGCAUAUAGUUCAGUAACCAUGAACUGCAUUUUAAAAUGCCAGCAGAAAGUGGCUUUAAAAUUGUUUCAACACUCAGCAUCAGUGUUGCACACAACACAAGACCAGUAUGACGCUGUAGACUUAAAAGAGUUAAAUGCAUUAAAAAAUGUUGAUGAGUCAUGUGAAAGGGCUUUGUGUUGUAUGAAACUUUAGCUUUGGCUGCAUAAUAAUACAUUUCAGCAUUUUAUUUUAAUAUCCAUCAUUCCAUUAGUUUUCAAUUUGGCAUUAGCAUUGACAAAGAAAAAAAAAAUCUGUGUAAAUAAGAGCCUUACACCAGUUUGCGCAUAAUAAUUGUGUUUCAUGCUCUCUUGAUUCCUGUUUCUUUAAUUGUUUUAGUCCUAUUGCUUACCGUUUAGUUCUAUCAAGCUGCUAUUUCAAAAGCAAAUGUUGAAUGGUCUUUUUAUACUAUCAGAAAGAACUGCUGUAGUGUCUUUGAUAGUGAGGGUUUUACAAAGGAAUAUCUUGUGGCAAUUUUUUUACACUAUUUUUUUGUUAAAUAGUGGUCUCAUUGUGAAAAAAAAUAAUUGUUUUAUCUUUAUUUUUAUUUUAUUUUUAAUGAUAAUUUUAUCUUUAUUUUUAACCGUUAUAUAAAGUUCUAUAUUAAUAUCAUUACAGAAUAUUAACUGAAAUGUGUUUAAAAUUUAUAUCCCUCUUUAUGAUAUAAUUUACAGUGUCAUAGACACUUUGUUAGCAUUGAUGCUACACUGUUUACCAUAAAUGGUAUAUUUAAAUAUAAAAUGCUACAUUUUUUUGAAAGAUAAAUAUGUUGUCAAAAAUUACAUGUUCAGUUCACAGCUGAGGUUUGAAGAUGUCUGAUAAGGUUUUUGGAAGAUUCAUGAAUCUGAGGGUUAUUGCAUGGGGAAAAAAAUAUUUUUAUUGCUAUUAUGGUUUAUUUUAUUUCUUUUUCUUUUGCUUAUUGCAAUGACAAAAUGACCACACUUGUAAAAAUGUUGUAAAACCUUAUUGUAUCAUGUAUCUGUUAAUCUCUGUAAUUUGACAUUCAAUGAUGAGAUCUGAGAAAUUAAUAAAUCACUAUUUA